UUUACCAGGUUAUAUAUAAGUAACCUAAUGAAAUAGAGGAGAUAUAUACUUGGUGAAGUGGGUGUGUCGGCGUACAUGGCGGUCGGACCCACGUGCUCAAUUAUUAUUUAAUUAAUUAUUAAACUACACAAAAAUCUCUCUCUCUCCGCUUCUUCUUCUUCUUCAUGUGAGUCUGAACUUCCAUCCAUGUGCGGUGCUUCGGGUUCUCUAUCUUCAGAACUCUUCUCUCUCUCUCUCUCUCUCUCUCUCUCUUCUUCCUCCCCUGAGUUGUCACAAACAUUCCCUCUCUCUCUCUCUAGCUCUCUGCAAAUUCCAUGGGCAUGACUGGUCAGUACCGGAAUCUUUCGACAUAGCUCCAAAUCCCCAUGAAAUUUCCCCAUUCUUUGACCACUUCGAGCCUGUAACAUCCACCGAUCUUUCUAUCUCUGUCCGACAAAUCUGAUCCUUAUCUCUUCUGUUGCUGGGUCUGGAUGGAUCCCAGAACUAGAAUCGACUAUGCUCUGUUUCAGCUCACACCCACCAGGACAAGAUGUGAUCUGGUGAUUUUCUCCGGCGGUGAGAGCGAGAAACUCGCUUCGGGCCUGUUUCAGCCAUUCGUGUCGCAUCUCAAGAGCGCAAGAGAUCAGAUUUCGAGAGGCGGAUACUCUGUUACUCUCCGGCCCUCCUCCUCUGCCUCUCCUUGGUUCACCAAAGCCACUCUUCAGAGAUUCGUGCGGUUCGUGAGCACACCGGAGGUUCUUGAGAGGUUUGUGACGCUGGAGAAGGAGAUUGAGCAGAUCGAGGAUUCGAUCCUUUCAAACGGAGCCGCCAUUGCCGGAGACACUGAAGGAAAUGAAUCAGCAUGGAAUUCCCACAAGUCAGCGGCUUUAUCUGUGGCAAAAGGCAAACAUGAAGUGGACGAUGUGGAAGAGAACUCCAAGGUUCGUCUUCAACGUGUCCUAGAGAAUCGAAAGGCGGUUCUGUGCAAAGAGCAAGCCAUGGCUUACGCCCGAGCUCUUGUCGUCGGGUUUGAACUCGACUACAUGGAUGACCUCUUGUCAUUUUCAGACGCGUUUGGAGCUGCACGCCUGAGGGAAGCAUGUCUGAAUUUCAUGGACUUGUGCAAGAGAAAGAACGAGGAUAGACUAUGGGUAGAUCAGAUCGCGGCUAUGCAGGCGUUGCCCCGUCCCGACCUGUCGUCAUUCAUGGUGAACUCCGAUAUCAUACUUGCCGGUGAGGAGACCGAUAUGAUGAAUUCUCAGACCGUGAAGCUAGGAAGCGCAAUGGAUGGCUCGAGCCAGGGAAGCUUAGAGACGAGCCAAGAUGGAGCAGCGGCAUUGUCUCAGCCUGCUGACGGGAAGGCUCAAAUGGCAAUGCCAUGGCUGAAUCCUCAGUACAUGCCUCCUUAUCAUGGAUAUAUGUUUCCGGGUAUGCAGCCACCGCCUCCGUAUAUGCAAUGGCCCGUAAACAUGGGAGACUCGGAGCCGGGUGAAUAUAAAACCCGGAAAUCUUCCAGGAAGAAGAAGAAGAAGAAGUCGAAACAUGAUGAAUCCACCGAAUCGAGUGAUUCGAGCGAUUCGGUGGAAGGAAAUCAUGGGAAGAAAUCGUCAAAGAAGGUGGUGAUCCGCAACAUAAACUACAUUACUUCGAAGAGGAACGGAGGGAAAGACAGCGAUUCCGCUGAGGAUUCCGGUGAAGAAGAAGGAUUCAUCGAUGGAGACUCUAUCAAACAGCAAGUGGAGGAAGCUGUCGGGUCACUGGAGAGACGGCAUAAAUCAAGUUCACGCCGUCAAAGGAAGAAACGCCAUGAGAGCAGCGAAGAAGAACAUCAUCGAGGCGAUGAUUCCUAUGAUGCAGUGAGUUCAAAAGAAACCAAAGGGAUUGAUGAUACCUGGGGUGCUUUCCAGAGCCUGCUCUUGAAAGACAAAGAUUCAGACAACUUCGGACUGGAACCGUUACCUCUCCAGGAAGAACCAGGUCGAUUCUCAUCUCCAUUGGAGAUGGAGUCCAAGGUUGUCAGAAAGAGACAGCCACCUUCAGAUGAUUCCUUUCUGGUGGUUAAUGGAGAUACAGAGAAUGGCGGUCAAACCCGUGUCAAGAAUUUUGAUACAGAGGAGAAUUUCCGCCCGAUAAGGAGAGAAAACGAGGACGAAGAGAUGUUGUUUUCCCAUAGAACUGGUGAUUCCGGAAGCUAUUCACGAGCAGACAUGUCUCAGAAUGGUGGAUCCAAGAUGAUCAGAGCUCAAACAGAAGGAGAUUGGUUGCUCCAUAACCAAUCAGAUCCAAUAGCAAACGAGGAGGAGAAUGAUUCCGCCCUCAUCAAGACAUUUUCCGGAGACCAGUUCCAUGUAAUGAAGAGCGGGAAAGAUGUCCUGACCGAUGAUUCAUUCAUGAUACAACCUCAUGCGGAAAACCAAUCCGAGUCUCAGUCCAGAACAGAUAUCAUGGUAUCGGAAAUAGUCGGGAUUACUCAACAUGAAAACCGUACACCCGAGACAACGCAUAACAAACCCGUAGCCACACAUGAACCGGAUGACCUUUUCAUGGUUAUUGGACGUGAACCAGGUUCUGAACCAGUGCCAGCACCUUGGACCCCUGAAAUUGAGUAUGAGAACGGUAUUUUAGCAAGCGAAAUCAGUGCAGAAGCCGGAACAAAGGCAUCUGCUGCUGAGCAAACCUCUGAAGGUACUAAAGACAAGAAGAACCCGGCCUCAAGAGGGAGACCGGCAACAAGCAAGGAUGCAAAGUCAAGAGCUUCAAAUCGAUCCAAUCCCACAUCUAAAGCCCAGAGGCCUCCUUGGGGAAGUCGGGCUGCUGCCCCGAACAGCAAAUCCGAGAGGGAAGAAGAGAGGAGAAAGAGAAUGGAGGAACUUUUGAAGCAGAGGCAGAAGAGAAUAACCGAGAGAAGUUCUGGCAACGGACCAAGUUCCUUGGCACCCAAGAAAACUCCGACGAAGGAGGAGAAGGCAAGACCAGAACCGGCGCAAGCAAAGCCUAGAGCUGUACUGAGAAGCUCCACAAUAGAGCGUCUGGCUGUUGCUCGGCCCGUUCCACCAAAGGAGCCAUCAGCUCAAUCGAAGACAGUCCAACAAAAACCACCAAUCAGAAGAACAAGUGCAGGUUCAAAACCUAUAGCAGCAGCAGCAACCAAGACUAAGGACAUCAAGAAGUUGAAUUCAGACAAGACCGGUCAGAAAGGCAGACCAGGAACCAUUAGUCCAGGGCUUUCUCGCGAGCCGAGUACCGAGAUCACGGAGAAUAUAGAAGAUUACGGGGCAAAGUUUCCAUUGGAUUCGCCAUCAAAACAAGGUAAGGCACCUCCUGCUUCUUCUGUUGAUGAUUUCAAAGACAUCAAGGAGUUGCAUAGCGUAUCUUCAACAACAGAGAAAACCAGGGAGAAGACAGGACCACAUGAUCAUGUUCCAGAUCCCAUGAACUCCAAUGCGAAACCAGUCGAUGAUUAUAACCCGCAUGCACAAGCCCAGAUGAUCGUUGCCCAUGAAAGUGAGAAGACAUCGAUGCCCAUUUGCGAAGACAAACAGAUCACCAGAGAGAAUCAAUCGGAGGAUGUUGCAGAAGUCAACAAAUUCCCGACAAAGAUGGCAUCUCCAAAGAAAUCGGUGACAUUCUCAGAGACGAACAUGGAAGAGAAGUACUACCUGUCACCUAGGGUUUCGGAGAUCAACAUCUCGACGCCGCCGUCGGGCGAAUCGAUCCAGUCUGACCAUUCACGCAAGAAAUGGAACAGCGAAGAAACAUCUCCGAAAGCGACGGCCAAAGUCUUCCGGAAACUUCUGAUGUUCGGAAGGAAAAGCCGGAGUUAGAUUUGCCGGAAACAUCGGCACCAUCUGUCCGUGUCUUCGAAGUGAACUAAAGAUUUGUGUGUUUGAGUUCAGUUCUGUCUGCACGAGAGGUUAAGAUUUUCCUUAAAAAAAAAAAGAAUUGUGUAUUUGAUUUUAUUUGUUGAAAAGACUCACAUUGUUGUGUUGUUUAUAUGUCAUUGGAGGGGAUGUAUGUGGAAUUGGUUUGCUCCGUGUUUCAAUAA